AUGGAAUUUUUCAACGAUAUUGGAUCAGAUCCUUCAAGGCCCUCGUUAUUCGAAUUAGUGGCGCAAGAGCAGCUCCGUGAUUUGCUUCAGCCAGCGCUGAAGUAUGUUCUUGCGGUGUUUGCUCAACAAUAUCCGCGAUAUUUGAUACGAAUAGUCAAUAGACAUGAGGAGUUUUAUGCCUUCAUUAUGUUCUUCGUAGAGAGACACCACUUGCAGGAACAUGGCGCGUCGUUCUCAGAGAAUUUCUACGGGCUCAAGCGGAGAAGAAGACCCUACAUUGAAACCAACAAAACUCAAGCUGCCGUCGGUGGAAUACCCAAUAGGGAGCGGCUGGGUGGCCUGGAAAUACGACAUUCCUUGCUAUUUCUCAUAGCAAUUCCCUACCUCCGAGCCAAAGCCCAGGACUAUUACGAAGAGUUAGGCGGUGGUAUUAGUUCCGACAUUUUAGAGGAGGGUCUUGAUGCACAACAGUUACGCGCACUGACCGACGAGAGCUUCAAAGGUCAACUUCGGCGGGUGUUUAAGGCUUUAUAUCCGUGGUUAAACACCACAUAUGAAGUCUCUUUGCUCGUGUGUAACAUAGCCUACUUAUUUGACUUUUCGCCAUUCUAUCGUCCGUGGUUAGCAUGGAUUGGGGUUGAUAUACGCCGACUUGGAAUUGAUGACUUCCGAGCUGCCCAAUUGGCUACAAGUAAAACCGCUGGACCACAAGCUUCAGGGAUUCUUGCACGGAUUCGCCACCUUCUCCUCAGAUCACCUCAUUUGGUCUUGGACUCCCUUCGUUUGUUCCUACCGACUGCAAUCUUCUUCAUCAAAUUCCUCGAGUGGUGGUAUUCUCCAAAUUCCCCUGCCCGUUCUUUAUCAGCAUCCCCUCGUGGUCCGGCAGUCCCACCACCCAGCAUGCCUCCCCCCCAUCCCCGCGGAAUUCGCUUUGACAACCAGGCAUACGGGAAAUGUCCAAUCUGUAAGGAUACCAUUAAUAACGCGACGGCCUUACCUUCUGGUUACGUGUUUUGCUAUCGCUGUGCAUAUGAUCAUGUUGAGAAGCAAGGAAACUGUCCAGUGACGCUCAUCCCUGCUCGCGUCUGGCAGUUGAGGAAGGUUUUGGUUUGA